GACAUGCACAAGCUUUUCUCAGGAAAAAGAAUACAUCAAUGUAACCGUUCAUUAAACUUCUGAAGGUCUAGAAUUGGCGCAGGCGCCUCUCUCUCUCUUCGAAUUCAACCACGGUCAGCAGAACCAUGGUACUAUCCUGCUACUACGCCGUCUACCACAACAGUGCGUCGGGUGCUUUCGUAAAGAGAUCAUGACGGAUACUAUUAUAUUAAAAAAUAUUGAAUCUAAAAGCGACUACGAUUAUAGUCUUCAAUUGAAUCGAUGGUAUCUGAAACCGAUCGGUGCUUGGCCACUAACGGGCGUAACAAAUGUGGUUGAGAAGGGCAUGGUGUUACUACAGAAUCUAAUCUGUUGGUCUAUAGUAUGUUUUAUAAUGAUUCCGUGCUUCUUAUAUAUGAUAUUUGAAGCAGAGAACGUCCAAACGAAGCUGAAUGUAUUUGGUCCAUUGCUUCAUAGAAUUAUGGGCUCGAUAAAUUAUUUGACGCUGCUUAAACACCGCAGAAACAUCCGCGAUUGUAUACAACAAAUGGAGAGAGAUUGGCGACUCGUUGAAAGAAUCGACGAUCGUGAAAUGAUGUUACAACAGGCAAAAUUGGGCCGUCUUAUUGCUUUAAUCUCUGGAAUAAUUAUGCAGGGCGGUACUUUACUCUACAGUAUAGCCAGAGCAAUGAAAACUGUCACUAUCAUUAUUGAUAAUCAGACUUUAACGAUGUAUCCAAUGACUUGUCCAUCUUACCGGAAAUUUAUCGACACGAGAUUUAGUCCUACGAACGAAAUCGUGUUGGUUGUGCAAUUCAUGUCGACGUUUAUAGUUGGUUCUUCUAUAGUGGGUGUUUGUAGCUUGGCUGCUGUCUUCGCAACGCACGCUUGUGGUCAAUUAAGCGUGUUGUACAAACGACUGGAUGAACUCGACAAAGAAGACGAUAAAAGAAACUUAGCUGAACAAAAGAUGGUCGACAUCGUGGAACGGCAUUUAAAAAUAUUAAGUUUUGUAGCGCGCAUGGAAAAUAUUUUUCAUAAUGCCUCUUUUGUGGAAGUAACUGGAAGUACAAUAACGAUGUGUUUGCUUGGAUAUUAUUCCAUUAUGAAUUGGGCUAAUUUUGAUGGAGCAAAAAUAACAUCUUAUGUUAUCGUAUAUGUAUCGCAGGGCUUCAAUCUUUUUAUAUUUUGUUAUAUCGGCGAAAUUCUCACUGAACAGUGUAAAAAUGUUGGACAAGCGGCAUAUAUGACUAAUUGGUACAAUUUAAAUCAAAGCACUGCACGUGGUCUUAUACUGAUAAUUUUACGAUCGAGUAAAUUGAUCAAAAUAACCGCAGGAAAAUUAUUUCAAUUAUCUAUUGCAACUUUUGGGGACGUGCUUAGAACUUCCGUGGCAUAUUUGAAUAUAUUGCGAACAAUGACCAUAUAAAAUAUACUGUGUUAUAGAAAAGAGCAAGAUAUAUUUUGUGGAAAACAGGUGACUAUAUAUUCUGAAAAUAUAAUAAACAUUGAAUGAAUAAAGUUAAAAAUUGUUACAGAAACAAAUUUUUCCGCUAUU